AUGGCGCCCUCGAGAACCUGGCCCUCCCGAGAAGGCUUCACAGCAGACGUGCUAGCCAGAUUGAUAUCUCGCACCCUCCUAGACCCAUGGAAAAUCCUCCCACUCUUCGCCCUAUCCCAAUACACAGCCAAAGGCCAAGAUCUAGCCACCUCACAUCCAAAGCUCCUCAAAGCCCUCCGCCAACUCGCAGCCCUCGCUCUCCUCACCCGCCUCAGCAGCUGGCUAACCCGCCGCACUCUCAACAACAACCUCAGCGACCCCUACGACUGGAACCACGAAAUCGUCGUCCUAACCGGCGGCAGCAAUGGAAUCGGCCAGCAAAUCGCAACCCUCCUCAGCACCCACGGCAUCAAAGUCGCCAUCCUCGACAUCUCCCCACCAGAAACACCCUCAACCCCAACCACUACCACAACCCGCUUCUACAAAUGCGACAUAACCUCACCCACCGAAAUCGCCCACGCAGCAUCUCAAAUCCGCUCCUCCCUCGGCACCCCAACAAUUCUAAUCAACAACGCCGGCAUCUGCACCGGCCACACAAUCCUCUCCUCCACCGCCGACCAAACCCGCCGCAUCUUCGACGUAAACGCUCUAUCCCACUACGCCCUCGCUCGGGAAUUCCUUCCUGAUAUGGUCUCCGCUAACCACGGCAUGGUCGUCACUGUCGCUUCGCAGGCUGGGUACACGGUUACGCCGAGUAUGGUGGAUUACUCCGCUUCGAAGGCGGCGGCGAUUGCGUUCCAUGAGGGGUUGGCGGCGGAGUUGGUGACGAGGUAUGCGGCGCCGAGGGUGCGGACGGUUCUUGUUACGCAGGGUUUUACGAGGACGGGGUUUAUUAGGGGGCUUACGCCGGAGGAUACUUGGGUUAAUCCGUUGUUGGAGGCGGAGAGUGUGGCGGAGGGGAUUGUGGGACAGGUGUUGAAGGGGGAGAGUGGUGUUGUUGUUUUGCCGGGGGUUGCGGGGUGGGUUGCGGUUAGGUUGAGGGGGUGGCCGGGGUGGUUUGGGCAUUUGUUGAGGUGUCGGUUGGAGAGGUUGAUGAGGAGUUAG